AAUCUCAGCUGGGCAUAUUUCUGACUUUUUGAACACAGGUUUACACAAUGAAAGAACACAUCAUAUGUCAGAAGUUUUAUGGAUUGAUUCUCAUGUUGAGCAGUACCUUUCUCUCAGAUGCACUUUCACUGAAAGGAAAAAGACUGGAUUUUUAUGGAAGAGCUGACACGUACGUGAGCCUGACCAACACGGUUCCUGAACUCAGUCGAUUCACAGCAUGCAUUGACCUGGUAUUCGUGGAUGACAAAUCAAGCAAUUGGAUGGCCUUCUCCUAUAUUACUAAUAACACCUUCCUGGGCAGAGAAGACAUAGACCUUGGACUUGCAGGAGACCAUCAGCAGCUAAUACUGUACAACUUGGGGAGGACUUUUUAUAUCCGUUACCAACUGACUCCGUUUCAGUGGCAUACGAUCUGCUUGAUAUGGGAUGGUGUCAAGGGCAGAUUAGAGCUCUUCCUGAAUAUAGAAAGGAUACUGGUAGUGAUGGAUCAACCACAAAGCCUGACACCUAAUGGGACUCUGAUUCUAGGACAUUUUCUCAAGAAUUGGGACAGCCAGGUUAAAAGCCCACUGCCUGGCUUCGCUGGCAGCUUGUACUACUUUCAACUCUGGGACCACGUCCUGGAAAAUGAGGACUUUAUGAAGUGUUUGGGUGGAAACGUAGUUAGUUGGGAAGAAGAUGUUUGGCUCAUCAACAAGAUCAUCCCAACUGUUGACAUGAGACUGCGCUGCUUUGUUUAUGAAAAUAUAACAACUCAAGAAAUGAGUACAACUCUUUCUCAACAAAUAGAUGUGACAACUCCAUCCCAAGUUACUGGACUAAAACCGCAAGAGACAGUACAUUCUUCUACAAUGAUGUUUAAAAGCAUGCCUGUAUUUGCAACUGAUUAUGCAACCGUAUCAUAUUCCAAUACAACGUCUCCACUUCUGGAAACAGUGACUGCCCCCAAAUUAUUAAAGACAUCCGUAGCGGGGACUGCUAGAUUCACGGCAGACAGUUUGUCAACUUCAGCAGCCAUCACUCUGCCUACCAAGGGUACCUCCACGGGCGCUACCACCAAUUCCAUGAAAAUAACUAAAUCCCCAUCUUCAGAGAGCACCGGGACAACAAAAAUGGCUGAAGCCAUUGCUACUGAGACAUUUCCUCAAACUGCAGCUACUAAUUUUCCGUACACAUCUGGAUUUACCAAGGAUUCAAUUAUACCCAAAACUUCAGUGACUGGAUCUCAGUCGGCCAUUAUGAAGACGACAUCUGUGUUCUCAUCUGUUGAGUCAACACCCAUAUCUACAACAUCUUGGCCCAGGCAGAAAUCCACAGGUAUUGAGGCACUUUCUAUCUUCACAGCUAGCCAGGAGUUUCUUACAUCUACAGAUGCUGGAACAGUGCCUCGGUCCACGGUGGAACAGACUUCGGCUACAGCUACUCAUGUUGGGACUGUAUCCGCAUUCCCACCCGGGUCUGUGCUCAUCUCCACAGUUGCUCCAGUGCAUUCUGUAUUUCCUAGAAAUCAGACAGCAUCGACACUGGCAAUAACUGACACAGAAAUAACAUCUACAGUUCAUUCAAAACCACUCCCAACGAGGCCCGUUGAGAUGAUGCCUGUGCUAAGAACAGCUGAGGCAGAAUUGACAUCUAUAGAUUUCCAGGACGUCUCUUCACCCAGAAUGGAGGAUACGAUAUCUACUUUCAUACCAGAAAAGGCCUCUUCUAUGGCCCUUUCUUUCAGGACAUCCUCUCCGUUCACCGGAGCUCAGGAUGUACAGACAGUUAGUGACGCUGAGACUACACAUCCAGCCUCGACUCCUGGAGUCACACCUGCCACCACGGUGGCUGAAACUGUGCUCCCCCCCACAACACCUGGGCCGACACAUACCCAGAAUACACCCACAGAUGGUGGAAACAUGCCCUCUUUGAAUUCUACUAGAUCAGCUUCCACAGUCAAGGCAUAUGAGUCUGGUCCCACAUCCAUAACUGAUGAUGGUGCCCAACUACUCUCCACCGGUGAAGCCACUUGGGCUUCCAGGCCAGACCAGACCCUGCUGACGCUAGCAUUCCAUGGGAGUGCUUCUAAUGCAGAACAUUCGUCCACAACUAGUCCUAUUGGUAUCCCACCAGAAGCACCCUCAGAAAGUGAGGCUACCCCUGUCGCCAAUGCUAUUAUUACCGCUGAUGGUACUACAGACAGAUACACAAGAGCUCUAUCCAACUCGACAGUUGCGUGGUUGUUUGUUAACUUCUCCACAGUUUCAAGACCCGCAUCUGUAACCACACUGCCUGAGUUUAAACUUACCACCUUCCUACUAAAAACUACCCCUAUGUCUACAGCAGCUGGGAGUGAGGUUCUUUCAACGCCAAGGGAGACAGUUGCUCCCCCAGUAGAUGCAUCUACCGUUGCUGACACUGAACCAAAUUUUUCUACUGAGGAGAGCGCUUCUGAGACCAUCCUAACAGAGACAAGUGGCACGACUGCAUGUGGAGGGACAACGGCCCCCGUAGCAGAGUCUGCAAAAACACAAAGAUAUGAGGCUACUGUGACAAGGAAAGAAACAACUGCCCCUUGUCUUGAGGGAAAAUCAACUAUAGCAGUGACAACUGAGCGUUCUCCUUCUGCAACAAUGCCGGAAGCAACGGAUGAAUCUGCACAAAGGGUAACAGCUUCUGUGGCCAUUUCCCCUUUUCCCAGUAUAGAAAAGUUGACUAUCCCAUUGAAGAAUGGAACUGCAACUACUGAGGUGAGAGGAAGUUGGCUUUCUCCAAAAUCGAUGAAGACCACACCUAAGAGUUCAUAUGAUGGAACCACAGAAAUCUUUCAUUCCACCCACACCUACACAGCACAUGGGACUUCAGAGGCUUCGCCUGAGGGGAAUCCAACCCCAUCUCCCAUUUCUGGGAGCGCACAGACAUUCCCUGAACCCUUGGGCGCUUCCACCAGAAGGAUUUUGGGGACCAGUUUUGCCACUCUCCCUACAGACAUGACAGCUAUGUCCUUGCCUGCUGGCAUCUUGCCUCCGCAGCCUACAGCUACCCAUUCCUCAGCAACCCCUGUGCCAUCAGCUCCUGCGACCACAGCUUCAGUGUCACCUUUGGGUCAGACUGCUUCGGCAACCAGCCACGGCAUGCCUACACACAGACGCUCGAUUCACACCACUUCAGAAGCCACAGUGAUCUCCAUCAGUAAAACACCCGCGACAGUCCUCUCUCUGACAGAACGUCCAGUCCCCUCGUGGAGACCUCCUACUCCCGUGGCAACUAAGGCUGAGACCACCCAUCGCCUCACCUCGGCCGACACAGUAACCCCAUUUACACCCACUCUUGUCUGCUCUAAGUCUGUCUCUGACAACAUUCCUGUUGUGUCCUCCACCCGUGUGAUCUCAACUCGGUUUACACCAGUGACGACCCGACCUGUAUCUCAAGUGGAGGAGACUUCCACCCACGCUCUAAGCUUUCUGCACACUCUCAGCAGUAGUGGGGAUGUUGUUAGCUUGGCGACCAGCACCACAGAAACCUCUGUUGUUGACGAGACCAUGUCCUCAGACACGUCUGCCCAUAAGGCUAGUACUUCAGUAGAUGAUCACAUUUCUCAAUCUUCAGCGCAUCUUGGAAACACACUGGUCCCCACCCCAUUAGUGACUGACGUUUCUACCUUGCCUUCUGACAAAGAGCAGAUGACCACAUCCCUGGGAAACACCUCUAGAACUAUGGAGGUGACAGAAAUGUCCCCAGCGGAGAAUCCUUUUAUUUCAGACUCCCAGAGUACUUCAUCCUUGGAAAUGACAGAUACAAGAGCUGCUGAGAGCCCAGCAAUUUCCACCCAUCAAACACGUUCACCUUCAGACUUCCCACUUGCAACUCCACCUGACAGGAUUUCAGCUUCACCUCCCGCUUCUGGGAGUAUACAGACUACAUCUACCUCUCUCUCAAGCCACACAGGAGAUGCUCACAUUCCAGAAAUGUCUACCGUCACUUCCAGGACAACCAGAGUAUCGAAUCCUGUAGACAUCAACACAUCUCUUUCAAACUUGCUUCCCCCUAAGACUCAAACGGAGCUGACUUCAGGCGCCUCUCCCAUUUCUGAAAGCACACAGACCUCCCCUGAGUUCUUGUCUCUUUCUACAACUGGACCAUCUGGUGCCACUUUUACACUCGUCUCUACUGAUGGGGUCACUACAGCCCUUUCUGCUCCAAAUGUACCAACGGUACUUCUUGGGAAAACCUCUAUGGCAACGUCCAUUCCUACCUACCGGAUGUCCUCACUGCCAGUUGGCGUCACUGCCUUUGCCUCCAAAAGAGUUUCUGAAACUCCUGCAACACUAGUAACUAACUCUUCUAAAACAACACACCCAGAUUGCCCGAAAAGUCCCUCCACAGCCACUUCUGCGCCUAUGUCUGAGAUGUCCUCAAUGUCAGUGAGUGGCUCUGCUUUCUCACCUCCAGCUGCCUCUUUUGACACUUCCGCAGCAGCUGGGUCAUUCUCUUCAUUAUUGUCUUCAAAUACCCCUAGGACUACUAUGACCGUACCGGCAUCUACACUGGAUGUCACACCUAGGCCUGCUUCAAAAAGCACGCUGUUUUCCUCUGCUUUCAUUGCUUCAGAAGUGACAGAGGUGUCCUCCAGGAUCACACCUACAUCCUCUUCCUCUCCGACAGAGUCAACUUUUCCCUCCGUGAAAACCAUCCCAACCACUAUCAUGGCGGGGAUAGCACCUCCAUCUGUAGGCACCACUGCCUCCUCUCUACUCAGUUCUAGGAACACGGAAGCGAUUUCUUCCAUUCCAAAGACCACAUUUUCACCCUUUCUAGCAACAACCCAUCAGUCAUCACAAAAUGAGACGGCAACUCUGGGCAUAUUACCUGGGACUACCAAGGACUCCCUGUCUCCUGUAAGCAGUAGUACAGUAACAGCCCUCACAAAUACUUCUUCUGGAACUGAUGCCCUGGAAAGUGUGUUUUCAUCUACUCCAUCAGGUCAUCCCCAUACUUCCUCGAGUAUUCAGGUGCCCCCGUCUUUGACUAGCUUUAAGAGCACUCCUGGAUACACAAAAAGGGUCAAAGCCACCACUUACCUUUCUUCCAAUACAGAAAAGAAGACUUCCUGGUCAGAAAAUACUUCAACAGCUGAACCAACAAAAGGUGCCAGAUCUGUGAAGACCCCUGUUUCGUACUCUCCGUGGACUCCAUCCAUUGCAACUCCACCCUCUUUGACAUCACUUCUUUUUUCACCUCAUCGUAUGGAAGCCAAAUUCUCCACUCCAAAGACUGUUCUUCCUCUUACAUCCCAAAUGGUUGAAUUUCCAGUUCUGGGAACAAGAACCACACCUAGUAACACCCAACCUCUGCUUAUGACUUCCUGGAACACACCCACAGCUAAAGGUUCUCAAUUUCCAAUUUUUACCAGUACUCAUGUACCUACACCCCAUAAGACGGAAACGGAGAUUCCAUACCUUGUUCCUGGGUCUUUAUCAACAUUCGCAGCCCCUCAGACUGGUCUUGUAUCUGGAGAUGUUAUGGCAAAGCCAUCAAUUUCCACGUCAGGAUUUCUUCCCACCUUGGGGAUGUCUGACAGCCCUUCAUCAAUAUCUUCAAGAUCUAUCCCUAUCACUUUGGCUGAUACUAAGCACACGUUUGAGAAAACAGCGACAUCCGUAACUCUUGGGACCACACUCCCAUCGAAUCAUUCUGGUGCUACUUCAGGAUCCAUACUUUCAAAGGCUCCUAGUUCACCCACGCUGGCUUGGAUUUUAUCCACUCUCCCUUCGGGUUCUCCACUGUCAACUGUAUCCAGUACUCCUCACAUUGUAACUUCUUCUACAGUAAAGCUGUCAGAGUCCACAUCUCUGACUUCUGACAGGACGUCGACACGCUCGUUCACUAACUUUACAACACCAUCCUUUGCUACUGUACGCACCGCACUCCCCGAAACCACCCCUACACCUGCAGUGGGCAGCAUCAGCACUGGCUUCCCAACUUCUCUCCCUGUGUCUGUUAAACUCACAGAUAACAGCCUAUACGUUUCCAAAUCCCCUGAGGCAUCUUCCAGAACCACUGCGACUGCCAACUCCAAGACUGUGUCUCAACCUCUACCCUCUAGCAAAAUGAGUAGCUCACCUCCCGCAACUGACCACAGCCAAUCUAUUAGUUCCAUGCUUCUGCCCAGCCACGCCGUGACAUCUGCCCGGAGCAGAAUCCCAGCUGUAUCAGCAUCCUCUACUACUGGAGGCUCACUUCCACUCACAUCCACGGGAGUAACACCCCUUCCUCCAGCAACUGUGCCUUCACUACUCUCUUCCUCUCCUGAGACAAUCUGGCUAGACUCCACACCUUCUUUUAGGUCUAUGGAAACCUCGACUUCACUUAUUGCCACUGAGUCCACAGUCUCCUUCUACAAUAUUGAAAUGAGUUUCUCUGUCUUUGAUGAAGACCCAAGGAUCCCGGUUAUCAGUGUUGUCAAAGAAUUUGCAGAAAAUUGGUUGAAUUCUAUAUUUCAGGACAGUGAAUUUGCUGUUGCUAAUCUGGCCAUUCAAAUUAAAAGCAGAGACACUUCUGAGGGAGAAAUAACCAUGGAUCGCAUUAUUUUGAAACAGAGGGAAGGGCAAGGAAUGGCUACAAUUUCCUAUGUACCAUACAGCUGUGUUUGUCAGGUCAUCCUAAAAGCCAACUCUUCUUUAGCAGCCAGCGAAUUGAUUAGCAGGAUCGAAAGGAAAAUACAUGGCAACCUCACACAUGGAAACUUCACGCAAGGUCAACUGAUGUUGUUAGUUGCAUCGGAACACAUUGCAGUGGAAAAACUAGAGCCUGGAAGGUGCAAAGCCCAAGAAACAGUCUCUAAAUACAAAGGGACCUAUAAGUGGCUCUUAACCAACCCUACUGAGACAGCCCAAACUAGAUGCAUAAAGAAUAGGGAUGGAAACGCCACUAGAGUCUGCUCAAUCAACAUGGACACUGGCAAAUCUCAGUGGGAAAAACCGAAGUUAAAACAGUGCAAACUGCUUCAAGGACUUCCUGAUAAGAUUGUGGAUCUCGCUAACAUUACUAUAAGUGAUGAGAAUGCAGGUGAUGCUGCACAGCACAUUUUAAACUUGAUAAAUGAAUCCCCCACUCUGGAUGAAGACGAGACAAAGAUUAUUGUUUCUAAAGUAUCUGACAUUUCACAAUGUCAUGAGAUAAGUAUGAAUCUAACCCAGAUGAUACUACAAAUAAUCAGUGCUGUUUUGGGAAAGCAAAACAAUUCAGCAUCUGAUCUGCGUGAAGUGAGAAAUGAAAUUCUGAGGAUAAUUGAGCGUGCUGGUCACAAGAUGGAGUUUUUUGGGAGGACAGCAAAUCUGACAGCAGCCAGCCUGGCUUUGGCCAUCUUGCGGGUAGACCACACAUUUGAAGGCAUGGCCUUCAGCAUUCGCUCCUACAACGAAGGUGCAGACCCUGAGAUUUAUCUGGGUGAAGUCCCUCUGGGAAGGAUUUUGGCUUCCAUAUAUUUGCCUAAAUCCCUGAGGGAGAGAAUUCCUCUUAGCAGCUUACACACCAUCUUGUUUAACUUUUUUGGCCAAACUUCACUCUUUAAGACCAAAAAUGUCACUAAAGCAUUAACUACCUUUGUGGUGAGUGCCAGCGUUUCAUAUACAUCAAUUCAAAACUUGGCUGACCCAGUGGUUAUUUCUCUGCAGCAUGUUGGAGGAAACCAGAAUUACGAUCAAGUUCACUGUGCGUUUUGGGACUUUGGGAGUAACGAUGGGCAAGGUGGAUGGAACUCGUCAGGCUGUAAAGUAAAGGAAACAGACGUAAAUCACACAAUCUGUCAGUGUGACCACCUCACCCAUUUUGGAGUCUUAAUGGAUUUAUCCAGGUCUGCAGUGGAUGCAGUGAAUGAACGGAUAUUAGUGCUUAUAACAUACAUUGGAUGUGGAAUCUCCUCCAUUUUCCUGGGAGUUGCAAUGGUGACAUACAUAGCUUUUCACAAACUUCGAAAAGAUCAUCCUUCCAAAAUCCUGAUCAACCUGUGCACAGCACUACUGAUGCUAAACCUGGCAUUUCUGGUCAAUUCCUGGUCCGCAUCAUUUCAGAAGGCGGGACUGUGUAUCACAGCUGCAGGGGUGCUUCAUUACUUCCUGCUCGUUUCUUUGACUUGGAUGGGCCUGGAGGGGGUCCACAUGUAUAUCUCUCUGGUCCGAGUCUUCAACAUCUACGUGCCCAAUUAUAUCCUUAAAUUUUGUCUAGUUGGUUGGGGAAUCCCAGGGAUCAUGGUGGCGAUCACACUCAGUGUGAAAAAAGAUCUAUACGGAACCCUAAGCUCAACGUCUCCAUUUUGUUGGAUUAAAGAUGAUUCUAUCUUUUACACCUCAGUUGUGGCCUAUUUUUGCCUCAUAUUUUUAAUGAAUCUCUCCAUGUUCUGCACUGUUCUCGCUCAACUGAAUUCCAUGAACUCCCAAAGCCAGAGGACCCGGCGGAAGAUAAUCCUGCGUGACCUCAAAGGCACAACAAGCCUGACCUUCUUACUUGGCCUCACCUGGGGGUUUGCCUUCUUUGCCUGGGGACCCGUGAGGAUCUUUUUCUUAUAUCUUUUUGCCAUUUUCAACACAUUGCAAGGAUUCCUCAUUUUCGUGUUUUACUGCAUGAUGAAGGAGAGCGUGCGGGAGCAGUGGCAGACACAUCUCUGUUGUGGGUGGUUACGACUGGAUAACUCUUCUGAUGGGGACAGCAGGUGUGGACUAAAUGUUAGGCACAAACAAGAGAGACUGAAGAAAACCUUCCAGCACAAAGUAUUGACACCAUCCUUCAAGUCAACUGCGACUAGUUCUACUUUCAAAUCUUUAGGCUCCGCACAGUGCAUUCCUUCAGAAAUAAGCUUCCCAAAUGGUGACUUUGAUGAAGAUCCCUAG